UAAGAAUCCCCUGAGGAGAUGACUGCGCCAUCUUAGACAAUUCUUCAGAAGUAUAGAAGACAGUGUCCCUGUAUCAACAGUGGAGAGUUCGCUUUUUAAAAGUUUUGCGGAAAUCUUGAUAUUGUCGUGCGAUGUCGUCUCCAUUUGUCUUGACGUUGUUGUGUUCUAUCGUGGCCGUGGCUCUUCUUUGUCCUGUAGACGCCGGGUCAGAUACUCGCGAAGAGCAGUGGGCCGAUGACAUGUCUUUCUCUGAUGACGACUCUGCGUUCCGGACUGCAGAUGAACUGGAGAUGCUGAACAACAAGCUGCGCAGUCUACGGGAACUGCUUGAGUUAGAAACUCGCGGUGUUCAACCGGAAAUUGAGAAGUUACUGUCUGGUUUUAAAGGUGUCAAACUGACAGGAAACGGUGACAUCCCUACCAAGCCGUUCCUAGAUGCCUGCCGUCGCAUGGUACCUUUCUACGAUCUUCUCGGAGAAACGGCUUUUGCACCUGUAAAAUCGGACAUAAACGGAAACAUCCUCAAGCUGACUAAGAAAUACUCCACCGACCCGGACCGCUACUCCACUUUACAAGACAUCGUCAAACAGGAAAUGGCUGAGAAAACUACAAAGGCUAAAGACUCGGCCACUGACGCCCUCUUGUGGUUGAGAAGGGCUCUGGAGUUCCAUCAACAUUUUUUGGCAGGGAUCGCAGAAGGUGAGACUGACUUGGUUAAAGUUGCAAAAGCUGCGUAUGAAGGAUCAUUGAAGAAAUACCACGGUUGGAUGGUGCAAGGCAUCUUUUCUCUUGCGAUGAAAGCGGUUCCAUACUACGACGAUUUCGUGAGGACAUUUGCGUCAGGAAAUAAAGAUGCGAUGAUUCGGAAUGCAAAAAUAUACUCGGAUACACUCGGAAUACUGAUCAAAACUCUGCAAGAUUUUUAUACGACUUACAAUCUAGAUUCAAAAAAGAAAGUCUAGAGAGAUGGCAGUACUUUAGGCCAUACUGACUUCAUUAUUUGGAUAAAAUCCUCUGGGAAUUCCCAAAAUUGAUGCGAACGUACGAGUAAAAAUAGGUCCCCCCACCCGAAAAAUUGUCUUCACUACGAAUAGAAGCUAUGGUUGAACAAUGACAUAACACACAGAAAUGGUAUGCCGAAAAAUAGAUUUUUCAUUUUCAUUUUUUCGCAUCUUUCUUCUUUGACCUUGAAAUUGACAGUGAAAUUCUAUGACGUUAGAAUACGUUUUACGAUAUUUUUUUCAAUCCACGGCCGGCUGCUUUUGCAGCUACUUUGCAUGAUUUAUACUUUGGUAGGAAAAGUUUUUUCUUUUCUUUGGAAAAGAUUGGAAAUAAUGCACGCCCAGGUGUCAUCCAUAUAAUCAAAUCAACAAUUUUGUAUUGGGGGAAAUUGUGCAUAUGUAACUUUUAUGUGGGACAAAAGCACUUAUUGUUGUUCAAAAUUACUGAGUUUUAUGGUGAUGAAUAGUACUAAGACGGUUAAAUGAGGUAUAAGAAGGGAAUAUUUUUUUUUUAUUUUGACAGUAUACGUAGAGGUGCAUUAACAUUUACGAGAGCAUUCAAUACUCUGAAAAUGUAGGGAAAGUGUACGCUUGUAGGCACUGAUAUUUAGCAAGCAAUAUUACGUUUUAAACAUGUAAGUAUUUAGCAUGUCAUUAAUAUGGUAGGUGAAAGCUUCCAUAUUGGAAGCUCAGGUGUGUUAAUGUAGUUAAAACAUUUCUUACAAGACAUAAAACAUUGCGCAAGAUCACGUGACAAAACUGACAUAUGUCGUCACCAGCCAUGUUGCUUUACUGACAUUACCUGGCUAAUCUGUCUAGUUGCCACGGUUAUGUUUGGUUGAAAGCGUUUCAAGUUCAAGUCAAAGUAUAAUAUCCCUUUACUAUCCUAGUCCUGGUAUUUGUUUCUCUAGCUAGACUUAUGUCUAAGAUAACGGUUAUUCAUAUGUGCAGCAAAUUUUAAAGCUCACGCGCAAGACUAUGUAGAAAACUGCACGCCAUGUAAAGGCACCGUUCACACUGUGUAUGUAAAUUCAUAUGAGUUCUGUGAUGACAUUUCAUGCUGUGGAGAAGAAGGUAUUUUACUUUGAUCCACCGUUCUGAAGACUUGUUAUCUAAUAUUAAUCUACAAGCUUCCUCUUGGACCUGAAACUUUACCUGAGGCAAGAUAGUAUAAAACCCAAACGGAGUUUAAUGUACGCAGAACGUAACUUUCCAGACGUGGCGGCCAUCUUGGAUUUUCCUGGGUCAAUGCACCAAAACGAGGCCUAGAACGGACCAUAAGAUCAUUUCAGGCGAUAUCAUCUGUUAUUGUUCCCUUAUAGAUUGCCAAAAGGCUACAUAUUGUAUCUCAUACCAUUGCCACGCCAUUCAAUUAAAAUAAAUUUGGAGAUGGGAUAACA